GCUUGACUUAUGUGACAACCAAAUUGGUGGUGUUGUUCCCAACUCAUUAGGAAUUUCCUUGGUGGACUUGAGUUUCAAUCGCCUGGAAGGCACAAUCCCACUCUGGCCUAAUGCAACGUUUCUCUUUCUGAACUGCAAUUUAUUUUCAGGAGCGAUUCCUUUGACUAUUGGCAGUAUCAUGUCAUCAUUAAUCACGCUUAAUCUUUCUGGGAACUCUCUAAGUGGUACCAUUCCUUUGUCCAUAUGUAAAUUGAAAGCUUUGACUGGCCUCUAUCUUUCAGACAAUCAUCUAUCCGGAAAAAUUGCCAUCCAUUUGGGGGACUUGCGAGCUCUUGGGAGCGUAGUUCUGUCCCAAAACAAUCUCUGGCCAUGUUCCUGAAUCAAUGUGCUCGCUAUCAUUUCUUUAUUGGUUGAGGUUGAGUGGUAACAAUCUUUCUGGCGAACUCUCUUGGUUGAAGAAUUGCAGGAGUCUGAACACUCUUGAUAUUGGAGAUAACAAAUUUUCGGGGAACAUACCAGGAUGGCUGGGAGAAAAUCUUUCGUCGCUUUCCAAGCUCCGACUGCGAGCCAACUUGUUCACCGGAGAUAUACCUCAACAGCUAUGUCAUUUAUCUGAUCUCCACAUCUUAGACCUCGCUCAUAACUAUUUCACAGGAUCUAUACCUUGCUGUUUGGGAAAUUUGAGUGGCUUUAAUCGUUUCACCUCUUCCAAAAGUGCAUUUACAUUUGCAUUUUCAUCUGAGUCGAUUUAUAUUCAUCAAAUGGAUUUGGUAGUGAAAGGAAGACAAUUUGGGUAUACCAGCACACUUGAGCUCGUUAAUGUUAUAGACCUUUCGAGCAAUAAUCUAUCUGGGGAAAUCCCAGUAGAGAUAACAAAUCCGCCAGACUUGGGUACCUUGAAUUUAUCAAGAAACCAAUUGACAGGAAAGAUACCAAAGAAAAUUGGAGAAAUGCGAUGGUUAGAAACACUAGACCUUUCGAGCAACUACCUCUCCGGUUCAAUUCCUUCAACCAUGUCUUAUUUAACAUCGCUGAGCCAUUUGAACUUGUCAUACAACAACCUUUCCGGGUCAAUUCCUUCAACCAAUCAGUUCCAGACUUUCAAUGAUCCAUCCAUUUAUGAAGGUAAUCCGGAACUUUCAAUAACUGAUGUUGAUGCAAAAGACAAAGAUGGCAAAAAAAAGGUGGACAAUAAGGAAGACGAGUAUGAUGAGUUGUGGCUCUAUCUUAGCACAGGAGUUGGAUUCAUUGUAGGAUUUUGGGUUGUUUGUGGCACUUUGGUACUACAAAGGUCUUGGAGACAUGCUUAUCUUUGAUACCUAGAUGAAGUGAAAGAUUGGCUCUUUGUGGUCAUUGCGGUAAAUGUGGCUCGUUUUCAAAGGAUGACAUAGAGACGGUUGUUUUGGUGUCUUCUUCUGUGAACUUGAAACAAGGUUACAGGCACAGAGGGAAGGAAGGAUGAUUUCAUAAAACCAUUUUAUAUAAAUUUUCUUACAAUGUGCCUCUAAAAUCAUAGAUUUUCCCCAGUUGUUUUGCUAUGUUAAUGUCUUUCCUUAUUGUA